AUGAACACUUUAUCAUUUAAUAUACUGAAAACUACCGAAAAUUCCAUUCGUCCAGGGAAACUAACGCUUCGCGAAAAAACAAUAAAAACGCCCAACUGCAUUCUAUACACGACAAAAGGCUCAGUGCCGCACUUGACUCCUGAUAAUUUGCGUCAUUUACCGUUUGGUGCUGUGCAAGUGACUUUAGAGCAAUUUGUAGAUGUUCAACCACCACCCUCGAUUAAAUUUCCUGAUGGCAUACAUAAAUUUUUGAACCUUGAAGAUUUUUUGGUGUAUUUUGAUAUUCGAGAUCCAAGCAAGAUACAGACAUCAUCGUUCAAUACUGAUCAUUAUGUAUCUGUGCGGACGCAUCAAGGAGUACGAAAGAUCACAGCUGAUGAUUACAUCGACUAUAUGAAUAUAUAUAAACCGGAUAUCGUGGCAAAUAUGGCAGAUAUACUAUACUCUGAAAGGCCAGGUCAGAAUAGGGUAAGAAAAUCUGUAACUAGGACGUUGCAAUGGUUAGAUGAACUUUUGAAUAGUAAAAAGCUUACUGUAGAUCGUCGUAUCCAGGAAGGCAUUCACGUGUUUGGAGCGCUGACAGGUAAUCAAUAUCGUGAGGAACGUAAGAGAUCCGCCGAGGAAACCAUGAAGCGUGAUGUUUCGGAUGGAGUACUUGCAGGAAUCGCAGCGGGUAUCGAUCUUUUUGACACUAGUUAUCCUACAAAAAUGGCUGACAAUGGACACGCGCUUACCUUCUCACUAAAACAUUCUCAGAAUCAAAGCGAUUUCGAGGUUUCAAACAGUUCGACCAGUAAUACUAUUCCCCGUUCAAUCAAUUUGCUGGAUCCACAAUUCAAAAAGGAUUUUCGUCCAUUUGUACCGAUGUGUACAUGCAUCGCUUGUCUGAAUUACUCUCGGGCAUACGUUCAUCAUUUAGUUGACACUCGAGAAAUGCUUGGUUCUAUUCUAUUGAUAAGUCACAAUCUUUUACAGUAUGCACAAUUUUUUCAAGAUAUUCGCGAAUCCAUCGAGAAUGGAACUUUUGAAAAAGAUGCGAAAAUGUUCAAAGAUGUGUUUGGUUUUGAGGAGCUUGAUCCAGCUACCAUUACAUCAUCGUCAUCAUCAGAGGAGGCGAGUUCUCUUUGA